CCAACACAUAUAGCUGGGUAAACGCACCAAGUCCACCAGGAUCUUCUGGUAUCAACCACCAUCUCACUCAGUCGAGUCACUACCAAUCCACCGUCAAUCAGUCAAGGAUGAACUUCAAAUCCCUUGCCCUACUCCUUACUGCCGCUGCAGUCCCUCAGGCCGUAGUCGCAGGUCCGCUUGCCUACGCCAUUUGUCAGACAGGGUGCAAUGGCUUAGCUGUCGCUUGCUACGCCGGCGCUGGAUUCACAUUUGGGGUCGCAGUCCCUUUAGCACCUCCUGCGUUGCUUGCAUGUAAUGCGGGCCUGGGAGGGUGUAUGGCGGCUUGUGCCGUAGUCGCGCUUACACCCACUCCGUGAGUGGGUCCUAUCGUGAAUACGGCGACAAGAACGUACAGGCCCUCCCCUCUUGGGAACGGCCUCUUUUUUCGUAACAGCUGUGUAUUGUAUUAUCUUUCAUCUCAUGCAUUGGUCUUGUGUUAGUCAUGUUCUGUGGUUCGUACGUAGUUUGUGUCUGUGUUUCAUCAUCCAUUUGUACUACUAGUAUACAAUCUCAUCUUCCCCCUACUAUGUACUCGUUGUAGCUGUUGUUUUUUCUUCUUGGUCACAAGUGCGCUGCUCGGCUGGUUUUAUUCACAGCAUUUCGUUUCGUUUGUUUCUGAUAAUAAUUCUUCAUGGACAACG